GGCGGAUACUAAAGCCAAGAGGGGCUGAGGAACUUGUCAACAGAAGCUAGCCCCAGGUCCCAGAUUCUCUGGGGACCCCAGAUAACCCCUCAUCUGCUCCCACGCACGCCCAGCCCAGAGCAUGUUCCAGAUCCCAGAGUUUGAGCAGAGUGAGCAGGAAGACUCCAGCUCUGAAGAUAGGGGCCUGGGCCCCAGGCCCAGAGGGGACCAGUCCCCAGGCCCCAGCAAGCACGAGAGUACGGCCCCAGGCCCCCUGGGGGAAGCUGGUCACCAGCAGGGCCAGCCUGCCAGCGGCAGCCACCAUGGAGGCGCUGGGUCUGCGGAGCCCCGGAGUCGCCACAGUUCCUACCCCACGGGGGCCGAGGAGGAUGAUGAGACGGAGGAGGAGGAGCCCAGCCCCUUCCGUGGCCGCUCACGCUCAGCGCCUCCCAACCUCUGGGCUGCACAGCGCUACGGCCGCGAGCUCCGGAGAAUGAGCGACGAAUUCCAGGGUUCCUUUAAGGGCCUUCCUCGCCCGAAGAGCGCGGGCACAGCAACGCAGAUGCGGCAGAACUCCAGCUGGACGCGCUUCUUCCAGUGGUGGAAUCGGAACUCGGGGAGGGGAGGCUCGGCCUCCUCGCAGUGACCUCCCUGACCGCAGCCGAGGCCCGCCCCGCGCGCCGCCCCGGCCGCCAUCUUGGGUGCGGGCGGAAGUCGCCCCGCAGACCUAUGCAGAAGGGGUCCGGUCUCUCCCUUCGGGAGGAGGCGCUGACCCAGAGCCGAUUCCCUUCCGGUGUGUGCGGGACCACCGGGGGUUUGUUCUCAUCGGCAGUUUUGAGGUUUUUCCGCCCCAAGCCGCUGGAAGUGGGCUGCUCCGGGCGCCUGCGCCAGGUAGCUGGUCGGGAUAACUUCACCGGAACCCUGUCCUCCGCGGUGACCCCGCGGGCGGACGCUCGCCACGAAAUGUACCAAUAAAGCCCACAUCUGUGCCGCCAGUCUCCUGUCAACCGGUGGCUUCGCCAGCAUUGACAAUUUCAGAAGAUGCCAGUUUUAUAUACAGUAUAAGGGAAACUUGGGCUCUGAGUGACUUAUCCUGGGGCCGAGACCGGGAAGGGGUCAGGGCGGCGAGCAGAGCCAGGGCGCCUUGGCUCCCGGGAAGCGGAGCGCAGUCGGCCCCAGGGACCUCCAGGCCCUUAUCUCUAAUCUGAUAAUUGGGAACCGCAG